UUAUUGUGCUAUUUGCUACAUUACAUAGGGGUUCCUUGCUUGUCACAUUUUGUGAGUCAUGUCCUAGGUUGUAACGCAAGGGCAGAUUGUAGAUUUCACAUGAUACAAUCCAACCAAGAACUUAGAAAUUCUGUCAAAUGUCCUAACUGGCUCCCACUUCCAAUCAUAGUGUUUCAAUAAAAUACCUUAAAAACCCUCUUAAAACCUCACAGCACCAAAACGCCUUUCUUGUGUUUGUGUUAUGUCCACACUCAGAAGAUAGGUGCUAUUUCAACAUGUCUAUCUCACACACAUCUUCUGAAGCCAACUUUCAUCUUCUUCUUCUUGUUCUCCUUGCUGUUGCUGCUUCUGAUGUUGUUGUGACAGCUUCAUAUUCUUCAAUUCAUGAGCUACUUCGCAGCAAUGGCUUACCUGCAGGGCUAUUCCCUGAGAGUGUGAAGUCAUACAAAUUGGACCAGAAGGGUCGUUUGGAGGUGCAGUUAGAUCGUCCAUGUCUGGCCAAGUAUGAGAACAGGGUCUUGUUUGAGACUGUGGUCAGUGCUAACCUCAGUUUUGGACAGCUUAAAGGGUUGGAAGGUCUCUCUCAAGAAGAGCUUUUUCUAUGGCUUCCUGUGAAGGAUAUCAUUGUCAAUGAUCCUUCAUCUGGUCUCAUCCUUAUUGAUAUUGGUCUUGCUCAUAAACAGCUCUCACUCUCUCUCUUUGAAGACCCCCCUGUUUGUAGAUCUCAAGGUUCUUCACUAUACACAGCAGGAAGGAAGAUUAUUGGAUUUCAAGAUCAGAGAUGAAAGAGUUGGUUUCUCAGAAAAGUUGGUUUCUUUUCUAUUUUCAAUUUUGUUCCUUAGAAAGAGUUACAUGGUGCAAUAUGCAUAGAUCCAGCAAGGGUUGUGAUGAAUGUCAUACUCAUAAAUUGAUGGCGGUGUUUACUAUUGUAAAAAAGAAUCUUUCUGCAAUUUUGUGUGCCGCUUUAUUUCUAAGGGGAAAUUCUUUGGUGUCUAUGGAAGUUGUGCCUAAUUUGGCUAAAGGUAAAGAUAAAGUAAGGUGGAACCCAGUCUUUUAUGUUUGAAUUCUCUGAGUGAAAUCUAGGCAUCAUAGAAGAUACCAUUUCUAAAUUCUAAUGUUCAAGCUGUUUCAUAUCAUGUCAUCACGUUUUCUUCCUUUUCCUUUUCCUUUCCCUUUUCUUUUUAUUCUUAAGAAGGAAGUUAUUCAUUGAAAGAAAAGGCUACUUGAUAGUAGGUGGUCCUAUACAAAAAUUA